AACCCUAACACCGCUCGUUAGUCAGACAUCAAUAUGAAAUUGGAAGUGAUUGUUGUCCUAGCUAUGGCACUGUCGUGCCUUGCGUCCGAUUCUUCCAGCGAGUAUGAUGAACUUGAGGCAUCAUUGAAUAUCGAUAAAACCUGCAAACAUCCGCACGAGGUUUACGACGAUUGUGGGUCGGCCUGUGAGAUGACAUGCGAAAAUUGGCAACCGGAACCGCUCGUUUGCAUAAGAAAAUGUGAUCCGGGUUGCUUUUGCGAUAGUGCUCACAUUCGGAGUAACGCCACUGGCCUUUGCAUUCCGAAGGGCAAGUGUUGGACCAUCGUCAAGGCAAUACUGAACAACUUUGCGGGAAAAUGAGUUUAAGUAGUUAAUUUUCGUUUUUUGUUUUGUUAAAUUUCAUCUAUCAGGCCCAGAGCUGAUUACGAUCGGUAUCGGUAAUUCAAGAACACCACGAUCUGGGAUAUAUUGGUCAGAGUAUACUAGAGUGAUAUUAGCCGGGAAGGAAUAAAAUAAAAAGCUAAAGAAAA